CGAGAUUGUGAAUGAUUAGCGAGGUGUGCGUAGUUACUUGGCUCUGCCUCGUAUUUCUGGUGGCUCUGCUGGUUCUAGCCCCUCGAAGCGAUCAGAGCAAGUUGUAUGGCACUUAUCUGCCUUUUCAGAUUCCGCUACACUUCCAAACCGGUGAGGGAAGAAUCGCAUGAUUGGCCUACAUCGCCCGGCUUCGCUCCCACUCGUGAAGCGUGGCGGAGUACCACCGCAUGUUGGAUUCUGUAUAUAUUAGCCUUCCUCAGAGGAGGAAGGACCUUUGGUCGAACACAAUCACUGGCCUUCUACCGACUCUACUAUACCUGCAUCGAAUCUGGAUAGGUGAGGACCAAAGUGAGUGGUCUUGCUAGCAGAAUUUCGCGCAAGCAAUCUUCAUGACGGCGAACCUUCGAUUAUGACCCUAUUACGGUUAGAAGGACUUGGUAUCAAUUUGCGCUGCUCUUCCGGUCAGUGGAAGGCUAUGCAAAGAAUACGACAUCGGUUAGCACGUCAUCUCUUGGCUUCGAACCCGCUUCAUUGGUCAAGAGAUCCUUCGAUGUUCGUAAGGCUAAGCGCCGAAUUCUAACGUUCCAUACAGUGCUAACCUUUGAUACCCAAUAUCAUGUCACCCGAUUACUUGGCAAGGCACUGUUUGAUGUUGAAGUCAAGGA